AUGCAAGCAGAGAAUAGUUCGAACCCACCGUUGAAGAACGGAAAUUGUGGUGACAAUGCUGUAGGAUUAAGUAAAGACGAGGUGGAUGUCUAUGAUCGCCAGAUACGACUAUGGGGAAUAGAGGCACAGAGGAAGUUGCAUUCUGCCAGUGCACUAGUGUGCGGGUUAUCUGGGGUAGGCGCAGAGGUUACCAAGAAUCUUAUGCUCACUGGGCUUCGCUCACUCACUUUGAUGGACGAUAAAUGCGUUACAAAAAAUGAUCUAGCAGCCAAUUUCUUGCUAAGUAUUGACUCUGUUGGCAAGAAUCGGGCGGAAGCGUCUUUGACCAAGGCCCGACGUCUUAACGAAAUGGUGAAGUUAGAGGUCGUAGAGUCUAGUAUCAUAGACGUCAGCCCAGAUUUUCUUUCGCAAUUCAAUAUGGUCGUUUUAUGCGAUCAUCCAUAUGACAUUGUGGUUAUGUGGAAUGAUAUGUGUCGUAGUCUGAAUAUUAGCUUUAUUGCGUGCAGCGUGUUUGGCUGGAUGGGGUACUCCUUCUUUGAUUUCAACAACCAUCGUUUUGUUAGUGCUGUUAUAAAAAAAGAGAGAGUAGAUUGGGUAGGCGAAGGUGAUGGUGGCACUUCGGCUUCCGAGACAGUUGUAGAUGUUGAUGCAGAGCACAAUCAGUUAGAGGAACUGGUGAUGCAAUAUCCACGUUUCGAAGAGGCUUUUAAUGUUGACUGGUCAAGGAAGCAUCUUAUUCGCAAAAGCAAACGACUGAUCCCUAGUAGUUAUUUUCCGCUCAAAGCAAUGCUUCGUGCACAGAAGGAGAAGAUAUUGACGGAGAACGAGGACGUGGAUGUGAAUAUCCUCACCAAAUUGUGGUGUGAAGAGGUGUUGCUGGGUAAUCACGAUGUUGAUAAACAGUCAGUGAAACCCGAAGAAUUUGAUUACUUCUUCGGACCUCAAAACUCACCAGUCUGCUCGAUAGUUGGUGGUUUUGUUGGUCAGGAAGCGGUUAAGGCUUUAUCAGAAGGUGGACGUCCUCUGAAAAAUAUAUUUAUUUAUUCUGCACUCGAUACCACUGGCGUUGUAUGCGAUUUCCCGCCGUCAGACUAG